AUGGCGGGAAGGGACCGUGAGUGGCACGUGAUACUCUUUGACAUCAACAUCGACGUGGACGACAGAGACGAGAUGGACGACAUGGACGACAUGGACGACAUGGACGACAUGGACGACAUGGACAAGAUAAGGAGAAGAAGAGUGGAAGAGAAGACGAACGAGGAUGUGAAUACAGGGAGAGGCGAGAGGCGAGAGGAACAGCGUGGGAAAAGGAGUGAAGAUGAAGACUUAGACCACCAGACCUUGCCUGCCUGA